UUAUGUGAACCUGGUUUUGGUUUGAGUCUUGCUGGUUUCAACAACAGUCAUGUUUGAUAUCAGAGAGGCAAAAGUUUUGGUUAGAAAGUGAAAUGUUUUCAUUUUCAAGGUGUAGGAAAUUUCUUGGUUAGAUGGUCUACAUGAAGGAAGAAACUAUGCGUUGCCAGGCUUCGGAUUGAGAGUUUAACAAUGGGAGCUCCUGUGAAUAUUAUUGUAGGUUCUCACGUCUGGGUUGAAGACCCUGAUGAAGCUUGGAUUGAUGGGCAGGUUUCAAAAAUUAAUGGAAAGGAUGCCGAGAUUGAGACUAGUAAUGGAAAAAAGGUCACUUCAAACUUAUCGAAAAUAUACCCAAAAGACAUGGAAGCUCCUGCUGGUGGAGUCGAUGACAUGACAAAGCUAUCUUAUCUGCAUGAGCCUGGAGUUUUGCAGAAUUUAAGAAUUAGAUAUGAACUGAAUGAAAUUUAUACUUAUACAGGAAAUAUACUAAUUGCUAUUAAUCCAUUCCAAAGACUGCCUCACAUUUAUGAUGCUCAUAUGAUGCAACAAUACAAGGGAGCCCCAUUUGGAGAACUAAGUCCUCAUGUUUUCGCAGUUGCUGAUGUUGCAUACAGGGCCAUGAUUAAUGAAGGGAAAAGCAAUUCAAUUCUGGUCAGUGGUGAAAGUGGAGCAGGUAAAACUGAGACCACGAAAAUGCUUAUGCGAUACCUUGCCUAUCUAGGUGGUCGAGUUGCCACUGAAGGACGGACAGUAGAACAACAAGUUCUUGAAUCUAAUCCGGUCCUUGAAGCGUUUGGCAAUGCAAAAACUGUUCGAAACAACAAUUCCAGCCGUUUUGGUAAAUUUGUUGAGAUCCAGUUUGACAAGCAUGGAAGAAUAUCAGGAGCUGCCAUCAGAACUUACCUUCUAGAGAGAUCUCGUGUUUGCCAAAUUUCUGACCCUGAGCGCAACUAUCACUGUUUUUAUCUUCUUUGUGCUGCACCACAGGAGGAAAUUGAGAGAUACAAGUUGGGAAACCCCAAAGCCUUUCACUAUCUUAACCAGUCACGUUGCUAUGAACUGGUUGGUGUAAGUGAUGCCCAUGAUUAUCUUGCUACAAGGAGAGCUAUGGACAUUGUCGGAAUUAGUGAGAAGGAGCAGGAGGCAAUUUUCAGAGUUGUUGCUUCAAUUCUUCAUCUUGGAAACAUUGAUUUCACUAAAGGAAAGGAAGUUGAUUCAUCAGUUCCAAAAGAUGACCAGGCCAAGUUCCACCUGAAAACAACAGCAGAGCUUCUCAUGUGUGAUGUUCAGGCCUUAGAAGAUGCAUUGUGUAAACGUGUUAUGAUCACACCUGAGGAAGUUAUAAAGAGAAGCCUUGAUCCUCGAAGUGCUACAGUUAGCAGGGAUGGUCUGGCUAAAACAAUUUAUUCACGAUUGUUUGACUGGCUGGUGAAUAAAAUUAAUAAGUCAAUUGGACAAGAUCCUACCUCAAAAUCUCUAAUAGGGGUCCUCGACAUAUAUGGUUUUGAAAGCUUUAAGGCUAAUAGCUUUGAGCAGUUUUGUAUUAAUUUCACAAAUGAGAAGUUGCAACAACAUUUCAAUCAGCAUGUCUUCAAGAUGGAGCAAGAAGAGUACACAAAAGAGCAGAUCGAUUGGAGCUACAUUGAAUUUGUUGAUAAUCAGGAUGUCCUGGACCUUCUUGAAAAGAAACCUGGAGGAAUUAUUGCUCUUCUAGAUGAAGCUUGCAUGUUCCCGAAAUCAACUCAUGAAACUUUUGCAAACAAGCUUUAUCAGACGUUUAAGACCCACAAGCGAUUCAUUAAGCCAAAAUUGUCGCGCACUGAUUUCACCAUUGCUCAUUAUGCUGGAGAAGUCCUAUAUCAAUCUGAUCAAUUUUUGGACAAAAACAAGGAUUAUGUGGUUCCCGAACAUCAAGACUUGUUGAGUGCUUCCAAAUGUCCAUUUGUAGCAGGACUCUUCCCCCCACUUCCAGAAGAAUCAUCUAAAUCAUCCAAGUUUUCUUCAAUCGGUUCUCGUUUUAAGCUACAAUUACAGCAACUAAUGGACACAUUAAAUUCUACACAACCGCACUACGUCAGAUGUGUAAAGCCAAACAACCUACUUAAACCUGCUGUAUUUGAGAAUGUUAAUAUCAUGCAACAACUUCGUUGUGGUGGUGUUCUAGAGGCAAUCAGAAUCAGUAUGGCUGGUUAUCCAACCCGCAGAGCUUUCUUUGAAUUCAUUAUCCGAUUUGGACUUCUUCUUCCUGAGGCUUUGGAAGGAAACUAUGACGAAAAGAUUGCAUGCAAAAAGAUUUUGGAAAAGGCCGGACUUCAAGGAUAUCAGAUAGGUAAAACAAAGAUCUUCUUGAGAGCUGGUCAGAUGGCAGAAUUAGAUGCACGAAGGGCAGAAGUACUCAGUAAUGCUGCCAAAACUAUACAGCGGCGAAUUCGUACUCAUAUAUCUCGCAAAAGAUUCCUUGCAUUGCAAAAGGCUGCUAUAGAUCUUCAAGCUAUUUGUAGAGGAAGACUGGCUUGCAAACUUUAUGAUAACGUCAGAAGGCAGGCAGCAGCUUUGAAAAUUCAAAGGAACACAAGGAGGUACCAAGCUAGAGAAGCCUAUAAGAAACUCCACAUAUCUGCCCUCGUCUUACAGACAGGUUUGAGGGCGAUGGCUGCCCGUAAAGAAUUCAGAUUCAGGAAGUUAAAUAAAGCUGCAACAAUGGUUCAGGCUCGAUGGCGCUGUCAUAGAGCUGCCACAUAUUAUAAGAAGCUUAAGAGAAGUUGUCUAGUGACACAAACCAGGUGGAGGGGAAGAGUUGCAAGAAAAGAGCUUAGAAAGCUCAAAAUGGCUGCAAGGGAAACAGGUGCACUAAAAGAAGCAAAGGAUAAGCUUGAAAAGAACGUGGAGGAACUUACAUGGCGUUUGCAGCUGGAGAAACGUUUAAGGACUGACUUAGAAGAAGCAAAAGCUCAGGAGGUAGCAAAACUGCAAAACUCAUUGCAAGAAACGCAGAAAAUACUUGAUGAAACUAAUGAUUUGCUUGUUAAAGAACGAGAGUCUGCAAAAAAGGCCAUUGAAGAAGCUCGUCCUGUUAUUCAAGAGAAAGAAAUUUUAGUUGAGGAUACAAAGAAAAUUGAAUCUCUAACAGCAGAAGUCGAAAGCCUAAAGGCCUCAUUGGACUUGGAAAAACAAAGAGCUAAUGAUGCAGAAGGAAAAUGCAAUGAACUCCAAGAGUCAAGUGAAGAAAGACGAAAAAAACUGGAAGAAACAGAAAAAAAAGUUAAACAACUCCAGGAAACAGUGAGAGGGUUAGAGGAGAAGCUCACAAAUCUAGAAUCAGAGAAUCAAGUCCUACGGCAACAGGCUGUAUCUAUGGCUCCAAAUAAAUUCCUUUCAGGACGCUCGAGAUCAAUUUUGCAGAGAGGUUCUGAGAGUGGUCAUCUAGAAGCAAGGGCAAACCUGGAUCUGCACAGUGCCUCAGUAAACCAUAGGGACACUACUGAAGUGGAGGGGAAACCACAAAAAUAUCUAAAUGAGAAACAACAGGAAAACCAGGAGUUGCUCAUUCGAUGUAUUGCACAACAUUUGGGUUUUGCAGGGAACAGACCUAUUGCAGCCUGUAUCAUAUAUAAAUGCCUUCUGCAAUGGAGAUCAUUUGAAGUUGAGAGAACUAGUGUCUUUGAUAAGAUCAUUCAGACUAUAGGCCAUGCUAUUGAGACCCAGGAUAACAAUGACAUCUUGGCCUAUUGGUUAUCCAAUGCCUCCACACUUCUCUUGCUACUCCAGCGCACAUUGAAAGCUAGUGGGGCUGCUGGAAUGACUCCACAACGCCGUCGAUCAUCAUCAGCUACUUUGUUUGGGAGAAUGACCCAAAGUUUCCGUGGAGCUCCACAAGGUGUCAAUCUCUCCUUAAUUAAUGGUGGCAUCAACAGUGGGGUGGAGACUUUACGGCAAGUUGAAGCCAAGUACCCGGCUUUGCUUUUUAAGCAGCAGCUUACAGCUUAUGUAGAGAAGAUAUAUGGAAUGAUCAGAGAUAAUCUGAAAAAAGAAAUUUCACCAUUGCUUGGAUUGUGCAUCCAGGCACCAAGAACAUCCAGAGCAAGCUUAGUUAAGGGAGCAUCACGAUCAGUUGCUAACACUGCAGGCCAGCAGGCUUUGAUUGCUCACUGGCAAGGGAUUGUCAAGAGCCUAGGAAACUUCUUGAACACGUUGAAAGCCAAUUAUGUACCUCCAAUCUUAGUCCGUAAGGUGUUCACGCAAAUAUUCUCAUUUGUCAAUGUUCAACUAUUCAACAGCCUUUUGUUGAGAAGAGAGUGCUGUUCAUUCAGUAAUGGUGAAUAUGUUAAAGCUGGAUUGGCUGAAUUGGAACACUGGUGUUACAAGGCAACUGAUAAGUAUGCAGGUUCAGCUUGGGAUGAGCUCAAGCAUAUUAGGCAGGCCAUUGGUUUUCUAGUUAUACAUCAAAAGCCUAAGAAAACACUGGAUGAAAUAAGCCACGAUCUCUGCCCGGUCCUCAGCAUACAGCAGCUGUAUCGUAUCAGCACAAUGUAUUGGGAUGACAAGUAUGGCACACAUAGUGUGUCCCCAGAUGUAAUAGCCAAUAUGAGAGUGUUGAUGACAGAAGAUUCCAACAAUGCAGUUAGUAAUUCCUUCCUUCUAGAUGAUGAUUCAAGCAUUCCAUUUUCAGUGGAUGACCUAUCAAAGUCAAUGGAACAAAUAGACAUUUCUGACAUUGAACCACCACCACUUAUUCGUGAGAACUCAGGCUUUAGUUUCUUAUUGCCACGUACAGAUUAAUCGAGUUUGAUUCCUGCAAUGGAUUGGUUCUCUGUAUCAUUCUAUCUCUCUCCUUUCAAGAUAUAGGUUCAGCUUCUAGCCUUGUUAAUUAUGAAUGUCCUUGUGGUGUUCAUUUAUUUUGCUUUAAAUUAGAAAUAUUUGUCCAAAAUUUUCUUCCUACAUAUAGGUCAUUGAUUCAAAGAGGAAUGUCUUUGUU